AUGGCCGAAAGCAAUAUUGAUCCGACUGUGAUAAAACUUACACAAGAUACACUUGGUAAAUAUGUUAAAAAACCUCCGCUCUCAGAAAAACUUUUGAAGAAACCACCUUUUCGGUUCCUAUUUGAUAUAUUCACUGUGUUAGUAUAUAUGUUAAAAUUAUUUUUAAUUUGCAAUCUAUUUCUUUUUCAGUUAGGUCAGAUAAAUUGUCCUGAUUGCCCAAAGUCAUUUAAAACUCAAAUAAGUUACGAGCGACACAUAUUCAUAACACAUUCGGAAUCUGAUGAAUUUCCGUGUUCUAUAUGCAAUGCAAAAUUACGUACAGCUAAUCUGUUGAAGCUGCACGAAGAGCAACAUAAAAACCGUGGUAAGCCGUAUGCCUGUAAAAUAUGCGGUAAAGAUUUUACUCGGACAUACCAUUUAAAACGUCAUCAAAAAUAUACAUCUUGCUCAGCGAAUGCCAAUGACACCAUGAGCUGUAAGGUGUGUAAUAAAGUUUUUUAUCGUUUGGAUAAUUUGCGAGCACACUUAAAGCAUCAUCUGGGCACACAAGUAACCAAGAAAGAAGAAUACAUGUGUCCAAUUUGUAAAAAUUGUUUUUACAGUUUAUCAACUUUAAACAUACAUACUCGUACACACACGGGAGAACGUCCUUUUGCUUGCGACUUAUGUGACAAGAAAUUUCCAUCACUGGUUGCUUUAAAAAAACAUCGUCGUUAUCACACUGGGGAAAAACCAUAUACAUGCCCUGAAUGUAAUCAAAGUUUUGCUGUUAAGGAGGUACUCAAUCGUCAUAUGAAGCGACAUACUGGUGAAAAGCCACACGUUUGUCCCGAAUGUGGAAAAAGUUUUAUACAAGCCACUCAGCUUCGUUGUCAUAGUAAAACUCACAUACGUCCAUUUGGUUGUGAUCAGUGUGAAGAAAAAUUUAAAACUAUGAAGCAGUUAGAGAGGCAUACCAAAAUUCAUUCGUCAAAGCGCAAGCGUAAAAAUAAAGCUCAAGAGCACAAAUUUAAAUGCAGUGAAUGCAAAGCUACUUAUACGACGGAGGAAGAACUUAAAACUCAUUACGACGUAGGAGUUCACAUACCUACCUAUACCAGCAGUAGUAUCCAAAUGGAGAAAGGUCGAACAGAUUGUGCUGUUUGUGAUAAGGAAUUCGAUUCACUUAAAACUCUCAAUUCUCAUAUACUUAAAGUACAUGAUGAGAAGCCGGAAACUUUCCAUAAUGCUAAACGUGCAUCAAAAGUUGAAUUGAAUACUUCUGGCUCAUCACCAACAAAGAUUUACAGGAUUGAUGAUUCCAAUGAAAAUCCCAUUGAAAGUAUUACAACAAUCAACAAUAAUGAUAUAUUACCAGUAAAAAAUACUGAUCAAACAUCGAUCGAAGGUGGUGUUGUUGUGCAACAAUUUAUAGUAGAUGAAGUUCCUGAAAGCACCACUGAACAAUUAUUGUUGGAAAACAAACUAUACACUGUUAUACCAUUAGAAAACGAGACUAUGAAAAGAGAAUCGAAAAUCACUGUUCCUCAGGAGUCACCAAAAGACAGGAAGCGUAAUAUAAAAUCUUUAGCUGAAAGUUUAGUGGCUGCUAUUACAGAUGAUGUUUCUGAUGAUGAAGGACAACUUAUGAUAGUGGAAAAUGUGGAAACUGAAGAUGAUAUAAGAGUUAAGGGCAAUGUUCGAAGACUAUUGGAUAUUUUAGUGGACAGAUCUACUUUAAAGAAAUUCGGUUGGCCAGAAGCAACUGAAGAAUAUGUGCUCUGCAAGGUUAUUGAAAAUUGUGGUUAUGAUUUGGGUAAGGAUGAGUCGUGUAAUGCUGAUAGCGAUUAUGCAACACGUAUGCGUGAAUACGUUAAAUUGCUAUUUAGUGUUGUAAUACACAAUGAUUCCAUAAAAGAACUUUUAAAUAAUUAUCCAAUCGAUGAUGUAAUUGAAUUUGUAUUGGAUAAUGAUGAUCACGAACGUGAAGAAGAUGAUGACGAUGAAGAUGAUUAAAUUAAGAUGUUUUUAAAAAUAUUAUAUACGUAUGCUAUACGUUUUCCAAAAAAAUGUUAAAUCUAAAUGUUUAUCAUAUGUCAAAGUAUAAUAUAUAUUCCCGUAUUUUCCGAAGGUGGUAAAAUUUUAUGCAGUAUCCAUUUUAGCUUGAUCAAAUUUGUGUAUUCGUCCAAUCUAUUUGAAAUUUUCUUAACUGAAAAAUAUUUUUGUGGGGAAAUGUAUUUUAUUUAAAUU